AUGGAUUGGUCCAUCCCGGCUCUCCUUCCGGCAGCUUGGAGUACUCUGGCCGGCGCCGUCCUCAUCGGCCUGCUCGGCCUCUGCCUGGCUGUCGCGUUCCACUUUGCCUUCUUCACCGUGCCCUACCCAGCUGGUGUCGACCUCAUCCGUGAGCCUCCGGGCAAACGGUGGUUUAGUCUCCGGACGCGCAAGGCGUACUACAACGACUGCGAGGCGUUGUUCCGUGAAGCGUAUCAUGAUUAUGCCAAAAAGGGCAAGGCUGUCAUCAUCCCCGGCAUCCUGUCGCGAUCCGAGAUUAUUUUGCCAGUCCAGUCGAUGAAAUGGGCCCUUUCCCAGCCCGAGGACGUCCUCGAGGUCAACAGCGCGUUUGCAGAGCUGGACCAGACGGGCUACAGCCUCGGGAGCCAUGACAUUGUCGCCGAUCCCUGGCAGAUGACGCUGGUCCGACAGGAUAUAAACAUCCACCUCGACUGGAUUGUGAAAGAAAUUGAUGAUGAGAUAGCUGUGGCAUUCGACAAACGUCUCGGAUUAGACACUACAGCUUGGAGGGAGAUGGAACUCCACUCGGUUAUGCGCAUGGUUGCCGCUCAAGUUGCCAGUCGCUUCAUUGUUGGCCGACCACUAUGCCGCAACGAUGACUAUCUAGAGACGUGUAUGGAAGUGGGUGACGGCUGCGUGAGCACAGCCGGGAUGGCUGCAGGCGCACCGGCAUCGAUACGACCCAUCGUCGGCUUCAUCGCAGGCCGCAAGACCCGCAAGCUCGUUGACAAGGUGGGCAGAUAUCUCCGGCCGCUCUACGAGGACCGCCUCGCCCUGGUCAAGAAGUAUGCAAAGGACGACCCGGGUCACGAGGAGCCCAUGGACAUGUUCCAGUGGCACCUGCGCCUGGCGCAGCAGGAGCGCCCGGAGGAGCUCGACGACUUCGGCAUGAUCAACCAGCGUGUGUGCCACUCCAACUUUGGCGCGAUGGAGCAGCUCAGCACGCAGGCGACAAACAUAUUCCUCAACAUCCUCGGCUCGGACGCGGAGCACAACACCGUCGCGGUGCUGCGCGACGAGAUGCGCAGGGUGGUGCCGCCGGGGCUGGGCGCGGCGAGGUGGACGAGGGCCAACGUCGCCAAGAUGACGAGGGCGGAUAGCCUCAUUAGGGAGACGCUACGGGCCCAUUCGGUGGGCGGCCGCGUCAUGUUCCGGACGGUGGCUGCCGAGGGCGGCUUGACGACAAAUACCGGCGUGCACCUACCCAAGGGUUCUCUGAUCUCUUUUUUGUCUCAGCCGGCACACAUGGAUGGCGAAGUGCUCGAGGACGCGGCCGCGUUUGACCCCUUCCGAUUCUCACGCAUCCGGGAGGCUUCCGCCGACGGGCCGAGCCUGGCCAUGGUCGCCACUUCGCACCAGUAUCUACCCUUUGGACACGGCCGGCACGCCUGCACGGGGAGGUUCCUAGUCGACUUCGAGAUGAAGAUGAUGAUGACUUAUGUGCUGUCACACUACGAUAUAAAGUUCCCCGAUGAAUAUGGCGGGAAGAGGCCAGAAAACAAGUGGCUGACAGAGGUGCUGCUGCCUCCCUUCGGGGCGAAGAUGAUGGUCCGGAGACGUGAGAAGGGCCUGUGA